AUGCAGCAGACUGGUGCACGAGCAAGCGCUACAGCACCAUCAAAGGUGGACCGCAUAGAUAUCGCGGCACAAGAUGAAGAGCAAACAGUAACAGAAAAGGUCGUCGUUCAGGCACCGAACAAAGGCAGCACCUUGCAGGACUCUAGUGGUAUGAUCUGCAUCGCAGACACCAAUGGUAGUGUUCACCUGUCCCUGGAUGCGCGCUGCAAAUCCCCACGCGCUGCCCGUCGUAAGAAAGAGUUUCGGGCUUCUCGGCGCAUCAAUGUCUCCGCGAUUCCACUGGGAGAUCGACCACGUCCGCUCCACAGCAGUAAAAGUAGUAGCGGCACUUCCGGUAGUUUCGUCCUGGUCUCGGAUGACGACCUAUCCGAAUCCGAGGGCGAGCUUGCUGCGUUUGCGAGUUGA